GGGAAAAGUGGUUUCUUGAGGAGAAUCUGAGUGAAAGUUACAAGACCUAAUCAUGAGUGAUCAGAUCAAAUUCAUUGUGGACAAGCUCAAUAAGGAUCCUUUUAGGAAGAACUAUAACUUAAUCACAUUUGAUUCCCUGGAGCCAAUGCAGCUAUUACAAGUUCUCAGUGAUGUCCUGGCUGAAAUUGACCCAAAGCAAGUCGUUGAUAUCAGAGAGGAGAUGCCAGAGCAGACAGCCAAACGGAUGUUGAGCCUUCUUGGUAUCCUUAAAUACAAACCUCCAGGAAAUGCUACAGACAUGAGUACCUUUCGUCAGGGCCUGGUGAUUGGAAGUAAACCUGUAAUCUACCCAGUGCUCCACUGGCUUCUUCAGAGGACUAAUGAACUGAAGAAAAGAGCAUAUUUAGCUCGUUUUUUAAUAAAACUUGAAGUACCAAGUGAGUUUCUUCAGGAUGAAACUGUGGCUGACACCAAUAAACAGUAUGAAGAAUUGAUGGAAGCUUUUAAAGCUUUACAUAAAGAAUGUGAGCAACUGAAGACAUCUGGAUUUUCUACAGCAGAAAUAAGAAGGGAUAUCAGUGCAAUGGAGGAAGAAAAGGAUCAGCUCAUUAAGAGAGUUGAACGUUUGAAGAAAAGGGUGGAGACAGUACAGAAUCAUCAACGAAUGCUUCAAAUAGCAAGGCAGCUUCGAGUGGAAAAAGAGAGAGAGGAAUUUCUUGCACAGCAGAGGCAGGAACAAAAGAAUCAGCUGUUUCAUGCAGUGCAGAGACUGCAAAGAGUAGAAAACCAGCUGAAGAGUAUGCGCCAUGCAGCAGCAGAUGCAAAGCCAGAAAGCUUAAUGAAAAGGCUGGAGGAGGAGAUAAAGUUUAAUUCAUACAUGGUAUCUGAAAAAUUUCCUAAAGAAUUAGAGAACAAGAAAAAAGAAUUGCAUUUUUUACAAAAAGUGGUUUCAGAGCCGGCUAUGGGCCAUUCUGACCUUCUUGAACUUGAAUCUAAGAUAAAUGAAAUAAACACAGAAAUAAACCAGCUAAUUGAAAAGAAAAUGAUGAGGAGUGAGCCAAUUGAAGGCAAACUCUCACUCUAUCGCCAACAGGCCUCCAUCAUUUCUCGUAAAAAAGAAGCCAAAGCUGAGGAACUUCAGGAGGCAAAGGAGAAGUUAGCCAGCCUAGAGAGAGAGGCAUCUGUGAAGACAAGCCAGACCCGGGAGUUUGAUGGCGCAGAAGUUUUGAAGGGAGAUGAGGUUCAAACCCACCAGCUACUCCUCAGAAGGAAGAAGUGGAUUAGGCACCAACUACAAACUGUUGAGGAGAAAAAGGGUAUUUCUGGGUAUAGUUACACCCAGGAAGAGCUGGAAAGAGUAUCUGCCCUGAAGAGUGAGGUGGAUGAGAUGAAAGGACGGACGCUGGAUGACAUGUCUGAGAUGGUAAAAAAACUGAAUUUGCUAGUAUCUGAAAAGAAGUCAGCUCUCGCCCCAGUUAUAAAAGAACUGCGACAGCUGCGUCAGAAAUGUCAAGAACUAACCCAGGAGUGUGAUGAAAAGAAAUCCCAGUAUGAUAGCUGUGCAGCCGGCCUCGAAAGCAACCGGUCCAAGUUAGAACAGGAAGUCAGAGGACUCCGUGAAGAAUGUCUUCAGGAAGAAAGUAAAUACCAUUAUACAAACUGUAUGAUUAAGAACCUGGAAGUACAACUUCGCCGUGCUACCGAUGAGAUGAAGGCUUAUGUUUCCUCUGAUCAGCAAGAAAAAAGAAAGGCAAUCAGGCAACAGUACACCAAACAGAUUGCUGAACAGGAAAACCUUGGAAAGAAACUCCGAGAAAAACAAAAAACUGUACGAGAAAGUCAUGGUCCAAAUAUGAAACAAGCAAAAAUGUGGCGUGAUUUUGAACAGUUGAUGGAAUGUAAGAAACAAUGCUUUGUGAAACAGCAAAACCAAACUUCCAUUGGUCAGGUAAUUCAGGAGGGAGGUGAGGACCGGCUGAUACUCUGA